AUUAAGGAGAUCUCAUGAUCAAUGUAUAAUCUCACUUUUAUUUCAGGCUGAUUUAAUUAUCAAAUAACUUCAAUGUGCUUGUAUGUAUUAAUGAAUUCAAUAACCCAUUCUUAACAAAAUGUGGCCAUUGUUUUUGACAUGUAAAUUAUAUAAUUUAAAUUAGAAUUGUAUUGAAGAAGUCAUCAAUAGCUAUCAUAAAUUUCCCUUAUGCAAUAUUGAAUUAAACAAAACAGAUCUAUUUAAAUAUAAUCAUUUAAUCAAAUCAAACGUAAUUUACACAUUUACAAUAGAAAUUAUUGAUGAUCA